CAGGCGGGGCCGGGACCGGGACCAGGACCCCGAGCGAGCCGCGCUGCGGAGCUUGUAGUCGGGCGGGCCUCGGGACAAACAGCCUCGGCGUCCUCCGCCGCGCUGCGGUGUCCCCGCCCGCGCGCCCGCCGCACACCUUCGGCGCCCAGCGUGAGUUGCGCACCUGCUCUCGGCCCCCCACGCGCGGCGGUGGCGGUGGCGGUGGCGGCGGCUCAACGCGCAGGCGCGGCCGGAUUCCGGGCAGUGACGCGACGACGGGCGCGCGCCGCGCAUUUCCGCCUCUGGCGAAUGGCUUCACUUUAGCGCGCCGUGGGCUCAGCUGCGACCCCGGCCCCGCCCCCGGGACCCUGGCCAUGGACGAUCUGUUUCCCCUCAUCUUUCCCUCAGAGCCAGCCCAGGCUUCUGGGCCUUAUGUGGAGAUCAUUGAACAGCCCAAGCAACGGGGCAUGCGAUUCCGCUAUAAAUGCGAGGGGCGCUCAGCGGGCAGUAUUCCUGGUGAGAGAAGCACAGAUACCACCAAGACACACCCCACCAUCAAGAUCAAUGGCUACACAGGACCAGGAACAGUUCGAAUCUCCCUAGUCACCAAGGAUCCACCUCACCGGCCUCAUCCACAUGAACUUGUGGGGAAGGACUGCCGGGAUGGCUACUAUGAGGCUGACCUCUGCCCAGACCGCUGUAUCCAUAGCUUCCAGAACCUGGGGAUCCAGUGUGUGAAGAAGCGAGACCUGGAGCAAGCCAUUAGCCAGCGAAUCCAGACCAACAAUAACCCCUUUCACGUUCCCAUAGAGGAGCAGCGCGGGGACUAUGACUUGAAUGCAGUGCGCCUCUGCUUCCAAGUGACAGUGCGGGACUCAGCAGGCAGGCCCCUCCUUCUGACCCCUGUCCUCUCACAUCCGAUUUUUGAUAACCGGGCCCCCAACACUGCCGAGCUCAAGAUCUGCCGAGUAAACCGGAACUCCGGGAGCUGCCUCGGUGGGGAUGAGAUCUUCUUGCUGUGUGACAAGGUGCAGAAAGAAGACAUUGAGGUGUAUUUCACGGGACCAGGCUGGGAGGCACGAGGCUCCUUUUCUCAAGCUGAUGUGCACCGGCAAGUGGCCAUUGUGUUCCGGACUCCUCCGUACGCUGACCCCAGCCUACAGGCUCCUGUGCGAGUGUCCAUGCAGCUGCGGCGGCCUUCUGAUCGGGAGCUCAGCGAGCCCAUGGAGUUCCAGUACUUGCCAGACACAGAUGACCGCCACCGAAUUGAAGAGAAGCGCAAAAGGACAUAUGAGACCUUCAAGAGUAUCAUGAAGAAGAGUCCUUUCAAUGGACCAACUGAACCCCGGCCUCCAACCCGGCGUAUUGCUGUGCCUACCCGAAACUCAACUUCUGUCCCCAAGCCAGCCCCGCAGCCCUACACCUUCCCAGCAUCCCUCAGCACCAUCAACUUUGAUGAGUUUUCCCCCAUGCUGUUACCAUCCGGGCAGAUCUCAAACCAGGCCCUGGCCUUGGCACCGUCCUCUGCCCCAGUCCUUGCCCAGACCAUGGUCCCUUCCUCAGCCAUGGUACCUCUGGCUCAGCCCCCAGCUCCUGUCCCAGUUCUAACCCCGGGUCCUCCCCAGUCCCUGUCUGCACCUGUUCCAAAGAGCACCCAGGCUGGGGAAGGCACGCUGUCGGAAGCCCUGCUGCACCUGCAGUUUGAUGCUGAUGAAGACUUGGGGGCCUUGCUUGGCAACAGCACAGACCCAGGAGUGUUCACAGACCUGGCAUCUGUGGACAAUUCAGAGUUUCAACAGCUCCUGAACCAGGGCGUGUCCAUGUCUCACUCCACAGCUGAGCCCAUGCUCAUGGAGUACCCUGAAGCUAUAACGCGCCUGGUGACAGGGUCCCAGAGGCCCCCUGACCCAGCUCCCACACCCCUGGGGACCUCGGGGCUUCCCAAUGGUCUCUCCGGAGAUGAAGACUUCUCCUCCAUUGCGGACAUGGACUUCUCUGCUCUUUUGAGUCAGAUCAGCUCCUAAGGUGCUGACAGUGACCCUGCUCAGAGCACCAGGUUUCAGGGCACUGAAGCCUUCCCGAAGCGUGUACAGAUUCAGGGGAGUGUGCUCCCGCUGUCCCUGACUUGUUUGAGUGGCACGUUUUACUCUUUAUCAGCAAUAUCACUUUCGGAGGUGCUUUCGCAGGAGCAUUAACCUGCUGGAGCUGGGAGGACUCGGUGCGUCCCUGUGUUGAUAGUCAGCUCCUGUUUCGGUAGGGAACACUGAGGUCCUGCUUCCAUCUCCAGCUUCUAGCACUCUCCUAGAGAGGGACAGACUGGAGCCAUGGCCUUAGGCCAUAUAGCCUUACUAUCAAGUGUCUUCCUCCACACGGAUUCCUGUACACCUUGAUCCAAAGCAGUGCUCCCAAGAGCAGCUCCUAUGUGGUGCUGCCUGACACCAUGCUGAGCUGUGGCCAAGGGGAACAGGUGGGAUGUUGCUGGCCGCCUUCAGAAUCUGGGGGAGUUUGGUCUGAGACAUCCCUGCUCCCCCUUUUCUCAAGUGCCUUAAUAGCAGGGCAAACUGUAGAGUCAGGAGGGCAGGCUAGACGCUCAGCCACAAGACAGCCUUUACUGAAAAAGCUAUUGGACUCUUGCUCUUUCUAGCUCUGAACUAAUAAAUGUCUUAUCAUGCUG